AUGACAGAAUUACUCCAACAUUCUAUCCACAGUCUAAAUUUUCAAUUAACUUCCAACCUAUCUUCGAUUCCUAGCUGUACCAUAAGACAUGCUAACGGUCAGCUAUUAAACUUUCAAGUAUGCGUACAUCAAGACCCCUUGGGAGGGUCCAGUUGCUUAGAUUACUGGUUAAUUCGAUCUCAUAGUGAUAUCAUUGAGCCAAAUACAGCAGCAGCCAUUUCAGUCAUUCGUCUUAGUCCGUAUGGAACCAUAGAACAAGUGCAACCCUCGCGUAAUUUCAAACAGCCCAUUAGUGAAUUACUGGGCAGACCCGUGAUGGCCUUUGUGUAUCAAGAUGAUGUAGAGCCAUUAUGUGCCAGUCUAGCCAAAAUUUGUUCCGUGCAUAAACAAUACCCAGCACAAGAUCCAUUAUUUAUACGAUGGUCACGAUUACCUUGUUUAAUAUCAUCUUCCGAAAAGGAAGAAACCAGCUUAGAUUACGAUUGGAUGUCUUUUACACUCAUGUCCUCAAAUAAUAACAUUGCAGUUGGCAAUUCUAUUCGACCCAUCUGUAUCCUUCGACCCUUACAAUGCGAACAAGAAGAAACCAUGGUGAUACAUGUGUCUCUAUUUGACCAAUUUGUUGAUUAUUACCAAUCUUUGUGUGAAGCUGCCAAACACAGUAAAGUCUAUCUAUCUGAAUUCUACAAUCACGUCCUAUCUAGUUUGAUUGAAAUCAUCGCUUACAUCUGGGAUUUAGUCAAAUCUAAUUAUAUUAUGCAAACCUCUCUGGGUAUACUCCAAUUUGCCGGUCUUCUUGACCAGCACCAUAUAAAAAUAAUUCAAAUCACGAAAUAA